GCGUACCUGAACAUCGACCCCGCCUUCCUGGCGCCGGUGGCGCUCCUGCACGUGGGGUGGAGCUUCGCCCCCGUGUACGCCACGCUGCUCGUGGAGCUCUCCCACGACCUCGAGCCGGCGGUGCCCGUGCUGUGCGCCGGGCCCGGGUCGCAGCCGCUGGCGGACGAGUCCUGCCUGUGGGCGCCCCUGAAGGACGGGGGCGGCCGGGCCCUGCCCGCCGACCGGGCCGCGCUGGUGGCGGAGGCCGCAGCGCUGCGCGCGGGGCUGCUGUGGAUCCUGGUGCACUCCGGCGGCCUCGCGCGCAGGUACCCCGAGGAGAGCGGCGACCAGACGGGCUCCCUGAUCUUCGAGCUGGUGCGGGAGGUCACGUCCAGCUCCAAGGAGCCCCCCGCGGCGCGCCCCAUGCACGAGGAGCAGCUCCCCGCCGAGCUCUGCGCCGCCCUGCGCUCCGCCGCCGCCCUGGAAGGGGCGCCUCCCCCAAUCGUGCUCACGCUGUGA